CUGUCCAUCUACCUAUUUGUCUGUCUGUCUGUCUGUCUGUCUGUCUGUCUGUCUGUUUUUUAGUAAGACGUGAAUUUUGGGUAACAAAACCCUUAUGAAAAGGGUGGGGAGUAAAUAGGUUAGUCUGUUUAAAACCAAUUAUUACACGUCCUCUGCAGCAUUUUUUUUCUUACCAAAUGGUUCCUUUGUUUGGAAUCUCCCUUUUGAUAAAACAUUCUAGAUAUAGCAGAACAUUCUUUUUUUUUUCUUCUACCAACAUUUCGCGACCAAAUAAAGCCUUGAACAUAGCUUGCUUAAUCAUCCUUUCUUUUUUUAAAUUCACAGUUCAUGAUUGUCGGACAAUUUGGAACUACUUACCAAGGCUCUGUUGACAUUGAUGACAUUAGUUUUUCAAAACUGCCAUGUUCUGAACCAGACUUGUCAUUAACCAGUGGUUGUGACUUUGAACUCGGGACCUGUGGAUUUAAUCAGAGUACGACUGAUGACUUUGACUGGACUCGAUCAAAUGGCGGAACUGGGAGUUACGGUACAGGCCCAAACCAAGAUCACACAUACGGCACAUACUCAGGUCACUUUUUGUACAUUGAGGCAUCCAACAGGUCACCGAAUGAUACAGCUGUGUUGAGCUCACCACAAAUUAGAUUGUCAACGACGUCCUGCCUUAGCUUUUACUAUCACAUGUAUGGAUCAACAAUGGGUACUUUGCAGGUAUACAAGCGAAAUGGUGUAAACCGUUAUCAAGUGUUCCAACGGAAUGGUGACCAAGGAAACAUGUGGGUGCGAGCUGAAGUCCCUUUGCGUCAUUAUUCCUACGCAAGUCAGACUAUCAAUUUUGACUUUGUAGGCAUUGUUGGUAGUUCUUACAAAGGUGACAUCGCUAUCGACGACAUCAGUCUUAAUACGGGAUCCUGUCCUACUAGAGGAGCUUGUAAUUUUGAACGUGGAUUGUGUUCAUGGCUCAAUGUAAAUGGAUACGGUUCAACUAAGCAUGAUGAUUUUGACUGGACUCUGACGCAAGGAGGUGGACCUGCGUUAACAAUAGUAGACAACACUAUGGGCAGCAAAUAUGGUCACUUCAUAAUGGCAACAGUAGGACCUCUGCGAAAUAGAGGCCAGUCAGCUCUUGUGGAAUCCCCAACAUUUUCAGCCAACAAGGUCCGAUGUCUUCACUUUCACUACUUAUUGAAAGACCCCAGUGUUGGUUCCUUGACUGUGUGGCUUGCUGAUGGUCAUGGGGCGGACAGUUACAAAGGCACACCAUUGUGGAUGCAGUCUGGACCAAAAGGAUCUUCAUGGUUGCCUGGUCGAGUCAAACUGAAUUCUUCACUCUCCUAUCAUCUUUUCUUUGAAGCAGUCCUAGGAAAUGGUGGAACUAUUGGUGUUGAUGAUGUCAUGAUAACGGACGAUGACUGUUCUCUUGUUCCUGUAAAUGCGCUUCCUUCUCUUCAACCGACCACCACAACGGCCCCUGUCACUGCAACACCAGCAUCUCCUACCUUCUCACCUUCUCCAUAUGAUUGUGAUUUUGAAAAUGACAUCUGUACCUGGACUAAAGAUUCCACGGCCGAUUCAAACUGGAUUCGAGCUCAAGGUCCAACAGGGUCAACAGGCACUGGUCCAACCGUGGAUCACACAAAAGGCAACAGACAAGGCUGGUAUAUGUAUAUGGAGGCAUCUACUAUGAGUCCUAACGAAACAUCCCGCCUUUUGAGUCACUCUAUUGGUGCAGGACCAAGAUGCCUUCACUUUUACUACAAUAUGUAUGGAUUUUACAUCAACAAGCUGAAUGUGUAUAUACAGCAGAACAACAACAAGAAACUAGUCUUUAAUCGGCAAGGAAAUCAAGGUCCUUCAUGGAAAAGUGCAUCGGUCCAAAUCAACCCCACCGGCCAGUAUAAGAUUGUUUUUGAAGCAGUUCGCGGAAUGAGUUAUGAGGGAGACAUUGCCAUAGAUGAUAUUGCUGUGCCAUCAGGGCCUUGCCCAGGGACGGGGAUCUCUCCAGACAGUGGAAAAAUCACGUGCACUUUUGAAAACAGCGAUCCCGCUAAAUCCCUUUGCGGCUACACUCAAGAUAAAUCGGAUGUCUUUGACUGGGGUGUACACAGUGGAAGCACAGGGAGUGCGCAGACAGGACCCUACACAGAUCACACUUAUGGCUCUUUGAAUGGCCAUUACAUUUUUAUUGAGAGUUCUUCUCCAAGAAAACAGAAUGAUACGGCCCGCCUUAUUAGCCCUACCUACUCACAAUCUUCAAGCAACCAACACUGUCUCAGCUUUUACUACCAUAUGUAUGGCGUUGACAUUGGCACACUCAAUGUAUAUCAAGUCAAGAGUGGGGCUUCAAACAAUCUUGGCUCUCCCAGAUGGAGUUUCUCUUAUGAUAUAGGUCGUGGCUGGAGGAAAGCAGAGGUCACCUUGGAUCUUGAUGGCAGCUAUCAGGUUGUUUUCGAAGGCGUAGUCGGCUCUAGCUUCAGGAGUGAUAUUGGUGUUGAUGACAUUAGCCUAACUUCUGGAGCAUGUAGCAACACUCUACAAUGCCAGUUCACUUCAGACACAUGUCUCUGGACAAAUACUUAUGACAGUUCUGAUGAUUUUGAUUGGAUCCGUCAACAUGGUAGCACAUUCUCCUCUUUAACUGGACCCAGCUUUGACCACACUUCCCAGAACAGCCAAGGCUCCUACAUGUUCAUCGAGACCUCCUCAACGAAACAGGGCGAUAGGGCACGGCUUGUUAGUCAGGUUAUGCGUCCAGUUCAUGGAGGGGACCACUGUUUCAAGUUUUGGUACCAUAUGUAUGGCUCCUCCAUUGGAACCUUGCGAGCCCUGGUCAUGCACAAUGCCAGCUACGAUGUCAUUUCAUCUGAAGUAACUGUGUGGGAACUCAGUGGAGGCAGUGGGAACCAGUGGCUUCAGGGACAGGCCAAUAUCAGUAAAAGUUUAACCUUGGAACCUUGGAUGAUCAUCCUUGAGGGUGUAGCUGGCUCAAGCUACCAAGGCGAUAUUGCAAUUGAUGACACAGAAAUCAUCUCAGGCACCUGUAAGACCAAACCAGCAGACGCGGAACCUGUCGUUGAUGCUCAUAAGAGUGUGAACUGUGACUUUGAAAAUGGCACAACUUGUGGUUGGACACCCCAUGGCUAUGGUUCCUCAAAAUGGGAGGUGAAAAGGGGAGCAACAGGAUCCAUUGGUACAGGGCCCUCAAAGGAUCAUACUGUGGAUGCAACAAAUCAAGGAAAGUACAUUUAUGUGGAAGCAUCAACAGGAAGUGCAGGAGACUAUGCAGUUCUCACAUCUCCUGUUUUGCCUGCGACUUCCACAAGCCCAAGAUGCUUUACGUUCUGGUAUCAUAUGUAUGGUCCCGAUAUAGGCAGCUUGCAAGUUCUUUCCAGUGCUGGCAAAGCAAACAGUAUCAUAUGGCAAAAGGAGCAUACCCAAGGCAAUAAGUGGAUUAGAGCCUCACUUACACUUCACAGCACCCAUGAUUUCCAGCUCUACUUGAAAGCAGUCAGAGGAAAUGGUUACCUAGGGGACAUAGCUGUGGAUGACAUAUUCCUUGAUUCUAAACCUUGCCCACACAAAGCUGUGUGCGACUUUGAGGACGACUGGUGUGGCUAUGUUCAGGAGAAGAAUGACAACUUUGAUUGGACAAGGUACAGAUCCAGUACUUCCAGUGUAGGCACAGGCCCUGCCGGAGAUCACACCCUGGACUCUGGCAAUGGUUACUAUGUUUACAUUGAGGCUUCGACCCCUCAACGACCUGGGGACAAGGCUAGGAUUGUCUCUCCUACCUACCCUGGUGGGGGCGACCAGUGCCUGCAGUUCUACUAUCAUAUGUACGGCACAGCAAUGGGCACCCUGACGGUCCAAGCUCGCGAUGCCAACCAACCAGGGCAGGGAAGCACCAUCUGGUCUCAGAACUAUGACAUGGGAAACUACUGGCUCAAGGGUCAGGCACCUUUGAAGAUGACCAACCCUUAUCAAAUCAUCUUUGAAGGUGUUGUGGGUGCCAACUACUCCAGCGACAUAGCAAUUGAUGACAUUCAGAUCUCACCUCAGCCCUGCCCCAAUCCACUAUCCUGUGACUUUGAGAACGGACCAUGCACAUUCUAUAACCGAGAUGAUGACGCGGGUGACUGGUCACUGUACUCUCCGCAGACCAAAGCCUACAACCAAAAUGUUCCUUUUGCUGACCAUACCACACACUCGGAUACAGGCUACUACGCUGUUGCCGAUUUAAAAACAGCAAAGAAUGCUCUUCUGUCUAGUGAUGUACACCCCUCCACUGCCGGACUCUGUCUUAGAUUUUCCUACAGCAUCUACCAAGAUGGUGAUAUUCGUGUCUACAUAGAAACGCCCACCAAAAACACCUCCCUACUGCAAGUGGCAAAUCCUGGUGGCAGGGAUAUGACUUUGACUUGGAAGACUGCCCAGUUGGAUAUUCAGUCAGACACACCCUUCUAUCUGUCGUUUGAGGCAUACUCUCCUCUUGGUUUUGUUGCUUACGCAGCCAUAGAUGAUAUUAUAGCUCUUGAUGGUCUCUGUUCUGCUCAGACCACCGCUCCUCCCAUUACAACGCCAAAACUGCCACCAACAAUAUACUACUUUGGAUGCAACUUUGAUUAUAGCUACCACUCGCUGUGCCAUUGGUCACAAGAGACAAGUCUUGAUGACUUUGACUGGCUGCGGCAAUCAGGUCAGACGCAAUCAGCAGAAACUGGCCCACAGAAUGACCACACCAAGGGCACUAGUGCAGGUCACUACAUGCACAUUGAUGUGUCAGGGAAAAGGGCAAACUCUUCGGCCGUGCUGAAUAGCCCUUAUGGAACGUAUAAUCACCCCAUUUGUUUCUCAUUCUGGUAUCACAUGCAUGGAAUCCACGUAAACCGGCUCAACCUUCUAAUGAAGAAUAGGAGCUCUCAUGCAACCACCAAUAUCUGGUACAAACAAGGUGAACAGGGUGUUCAGUGGCAACAUGCCUACGUGGAACUCCCAAGGCUCUAUUCAGCUCGCUUGGAGUUUGAAGGAGUUGCUGGCUCAAGCUACAUGGGAGACAUUGCCUUAGACGAUUUCGUCUUCUACAACGGCAGAUGUCCGGCCACUUCAACGUGUGACUUUGAAAAUGACUUGUGCGGCUUCUCUCAGGACUUGUAUGAUGACUUUGACUGGACACGGAAGGCAGGAUCCACGGACUCCGUCGGGACUGGCCCGUCGUCGGACCACACUUAUGGCACAUCUAUAGGUCACUACAUAUAUAUUGAAGCUUCCUCACCAAGACGGCCAGGUGAAAAGGCUCGAAUCUUGAGUCCAGUGUAUCCUGCGACGGAUGGACGAUGUCUCAGAUACUGGUACCACAUGUAUGGUCAAAGCAUUGACACUCUGGCCAUAUACUUGCGCAAUCACGAAGCGCAGGAGAUUGAUCUUGAUAGCAAGUCAGGGAAUCUGGGAGACCAGUGGAACUAUGGACAAAUAGACCUCCAAUCUAUCUCCUCUUUCCAGAUUAUCUUUGAAGCCACAGUGGGAACCACAGAUUUCAGUGACAUUGCCAUAGAUGAUAUUGAGCUGACUGAUAGUCCAUGUUUGGAUCUGCUUGACUGUGACUUUGAGAAGGACUUGUGCGCCUGGACACAGAAUCAACAGGAUGAUUUGGACUGGGAGCUCAAUUCUGGCAAGACCAACUCCUUAUACACCGGACCUGCUGCUGACCACACCAUCGGAUCGCAGGCUGGUCAGUACAUUUAUCUUGAGUCAAGUUCCCCCGCCAGUCCUGGUGACGUAGCUGUACUGGACUCCCAGGAUCUGUUCCUGGCCAUGAAGAGUGUAGGAAACCUGUAUUGCCUGAGCCUGUGGUACAACAUGAAUGGACAGGACAUCGGCUAUCUGAAUGUCACAUCUACUACCUUGAUCACCAACAAGACCCAGACUUUGUUUUCCCUAUACGGCCAUCAGUCACCAUUAUGGAGACAAACAAAGAUUGAUUUCCGUGCACCUUCAGAGCUUUUCAAGCUGUCCUUGAUAGCCUCUGUGGGUAAUGGCUAUAACAGUGACAUUGCUAUAGAUGACAUCCAUCUGUAUGGGGAGGCUUGCAACAGAAUUCAGAAUGGACAACCACAGGAGUAUUUCUACUGCCAAGGAACAAGAAACGAAACUAUUUUCUACAACAAGACUUGCAACUUUAUCCCUGACUGUGUUACUACUAAGGAAGAUGAGAAAAAUUGUGGAAACUGCACGUUUGAGAAUGAUGACCUUUGCGGAACAUGGAUUGACAUUAGUUCUGGAGAUUUACAGUGGGAAUCUGCAACCAGUACCUUAGGCGCAGGUCAUUAUUUGUCUGUGAAAGCAGACUAUGACACCCAUAGCAAUGAGGCAGUACUCAUUUCUUCCUUCGCUUUUGGACCCAGCCCUGUUACUUGCCAAAUCCAGUUCUCCUAUCUUAUGAGUGGAGCAGGCAUUGGCUAUUUGAAAUUGGUUAUCAGAGAAGGACAAGAGGACACUGUACUCUCACAGAUGUUUUCCAGCUCAGGGACCCAUUGGCAGACUUCUAUAGUGGACCUUGGGCGCAUUGCAGUGCCCUUCCAUGUCUUAUUUGAAGCGUCAAAGAGCAGCAGUGUGGCAGGAACUCUCGGCAUUGACAACAUCUCGUUCAUCAACUGUGAAUAUCCUCCCAAAAGGACGACCUGCCAGCCAGAUGAGAUGCAGUGUAAGAGAGGAUCUUGUGUGAAGACAUCAGCUGUCUGUGACUUCUCUGAUGACUGUGGGGAUGGGACAGAUGAAGCUUCAUGUGGUGCAUACCCACUACGCUCAAACUUUGAGUACAGCUUUGGCCAGUGGACGCAGGAUGACACCGAUGACUUUGACUGGACCAGGCAGCGAGGAGCAACAUCAUCUUCUGACACAGGACCGAGCAGAGACCACACACGAGGCACAGUCAGAGGUUACUAUGUGUACAUAGAGUCCUCUCUCCCUCAAGUGAGCGGAGAUAAAGCACGCCUGGUUAGUCCUGUCCUGACGUCUGGGCUCAAUGGAAGGAGAGCUGUAUCAGACUGCCAGAUUCGUUUCUUCUACCAUAUGUAUGGAAGAUCCGCUGGAUCUUUGAACGUGUACACUCGCACCGCCAUAAAUGGUUCUCUGACUAGCGUCUUUUCCAAGUCUGGCAAUAUGGGAGACAAGUGGAUCCGGACUGACAUUCCCCUGACAGAAACCUCUGACUUCCAGAUCCUCAUUGAGGCGACAGUUGGAAGCGCUUACAGUGGGGACAUUGCUGUGGAUGACAUUUCUUUGACACCUUCCUGCAAACUGAGCUCAAACGCGCUUCCCACCGCUGCUCCUAUGCCAGCAACAACGACACGAAAACCAGGUUCAAACUUUGUGUGUGGAGAUGGACAGCCCAUCGCGCAAACGCUGGUCUGUGACUUCAACCCUGACUGCAAGGAUGGUUCUGAUGAAGCCAACUGUGGCACAUGUACUUUUGAAAGUGGCUUGUGUGGCUGGAAUGACAGAAGUGAUGGAAUGUUUGCCUGGGUCAAUGCCACAGCUGCGUCUGCCACCGGGACCAUGCCGAGAGUGGACAGUACCUUCCCUGGUAUCUCCAAAGGUCAUUACAUGUCUCUUACCGGAGGCACCGGUACGGACAGAGAUCCGGCCACCCUUGCUUCUCCUGUUCUGCACAACACCAGCAGUAGCUGUCAGAUGUCCUUCAAUUACUUUGUGGCCAAGACUAGUCAUUCAGCAAUACUGCACGUGCGCUUGCAAAACUCCAGUAAUAUUGGAACUCGUCGCUUUUCAACCCUGUGGUCUAGUGCCUAUGCAAACACAGACGGCCAAUGGAAGUCAAAGACAGUAGACCUAGGGCAACUGCCUCCUGGUUAUGUGGUGCUGAUUACGGCCUUGCCAUCCAGAUCAGGAACUCCUCCUGCUGUUGCCAUUGACGACAUUGUCUUCAAGAAUUGUCAUCCAUCCAGUACUGUGCCCCCAAAUUCCACCGUGGACUGCACAUUUAGCUCUCGUGACAUGUGUGGCUAUGUCCAGUCCCACACUGAUGAUUUUGACUGGACUCUGAGCACUGGCAUCACAGGAUCUGUUGGGACAGGUCCAUCUGGGGAUCACACCACGGGCACUGGCAAUUACCUGUACAUUGAGACGUCUGCCCCCCAAAGUCCCGGAGACAGAGCUGUCAUCUUGUCUUCUCUACAGCCUGUCACAGCUGCCCCGAGUUGUUUGGAGUUCUGGUAUCACAUGUUUGGUCCUGACAUUGAGACCCUGAAUGUGUAUCUUGUGACGGGCGGAGGUGCCAACUACUCCCGCAUCUGGACGCGCUCCUCCACUCAAGGAAAUGUCUGGAAGUUUGGAGAGGCUCGCGUGGAAUCCACAGAAAGCUAUCAGAUUGCCUUUGAGGGCGUGGUUGGACGUUCCUUUAGAGGAGAUAUUGCCAUAGAUGACUUCCAUCUCCGAAUUGGGAAAUGUCCUCGAAGACCUACAUGUGAUUUUGAAAUCGAUACCUGCGGCUAUACACAAUUGACAGCUGAUGUUUUCGAUUGGACACGAUUUGCUAACAAAACGAAUAGUGUUGGGACUGGCCCCUCUGCAGAUCACACCACCAAUAAUGGAUAUGGUAAGUCCUCUCCAAAAUUUCUGAUGUUGUUAUUUUCUUUGUCUUGAUUUAAAUAUAUAUAAUCUGUGGAAAUGUUUGGUGAAUGCUCUAGUGAGGUC